CAUUAUGGCUGGUUCGUGGAUGGCGGCGCCACGGCCUCUCCUGCUAUCGCUGCUGGUCGCCGUGCUAGCGGUGGCCGCGGAUGUCGCCAACGCCGGCCACGCCAAGCCCCUGACGCCUGGCGGGCGCGUGGUACACCACAACCACGGCAAGUUCACGGCCGGGCCGUGGAAACCCGCCCACGCGACCUUCUACGGCGGGCGGGACGGGUCCGGCACCACGGCGGGCGCGUGCGGGUACAAGGACACGCGCGCGCAGGGGUAUGGCGUGCAGACGGUGGCCGUGAGCACGGUGCUGUUCGGCGACGGCGCGGCCUGCGGCGGGUGCUACGAGGUGCGCUGCGUGGACAGCCCCAGCGGGUGCAAGCCCAGCGCGGCGGCGCUGGUGGUGACGGCGACCGACCUGUGCCCGCCCAACGACCAGCAGUCCGCGGACAGCGGCGGGUGGUGCAACCCGCCGCGGGAGCACUUCGACCUCAGCAUGCCCGCGUUCCUCCAGAUCGCGCAGGAGAAGGCCGGCAUCGUGCCCAUCUCCUACCGCAGGGUGGCGUGCACGAAGCAGGGCGGCAUUCGGUACACCAUCACCGGGAACAAGUACUUCAACAUGGUGACGAUCACCAACGUGGGCGGCGCCGGCGACAUCGCGGCAGUGUCGGUGAAGGGGAGCAAGCGCGUUAAGUGGACGGAGAUGAAGCGCAACUGGGGGCAAGUGUGGCAGACCGGGGAGGACCUCACAUGCGAGUCGCUGACGUUCCGGGUGAUGACCAGCGACCACCGCAAGGCCACCUCAUGGCACGUUCUCCCUGCUGACUGGAAGUUCGGCGUCACGUACCAGGCGUCCAAGAACUUCUAAGUAGCCACUUUCCCUCCUCUUCUUCAACCUGCAUGCCCGCAAGCAGCCAUGCAGAUGAUAACAUGCAUCAUGCAUGCAUAUUCAUUCUUUCGCUCAUGCACUCCGAUACGGUGCCGGAGUUAAAAAAAUAUAAAUCAAUGUGCAAAUUCAAAUGACAUCUUAACCAGUUGUGAUC